UUAAGCUUCUUGAUUGGGGGAAAGAGGGCCAUCGUUCUGAAGCGGAAAUAGCUUCUCUGAGGGCAGCUUUUACACAAGAAGUUGUUGUUUGGCAUAAGCUUGACCAUUCUAAUGUGACCAAGGAAUCCCAUUUUUUUUAUCCCCCAAAUUCUACUUUGCACCUUUAUGGAGGAGCUGCUUUUGAAAGAGUCAUACAUGAAUUUCGAUGUGCUGCCUAUUCCAUUGAAUGCCCUCCAGUGUCAAGGGAGAAGGUUGCGAAUAUAUUACUUGCCCAUGCUAGCCGAGGCAGUGCAAGAGGAAUAACAGAAGCUGCAGCAGAAAUUGCUCGUUCUGCUGCUAGAUCAUGGCUUGCUCCUCUUCUUGAUACUGCUUGUGACAGACUUGGUUUUGUUUUAGGAAACUUAUUUGAUUUGGCUCUAGAAAGAAACCGCAGUAAUGACUCAGAGUAUGGGAGUAAAACAGCUAACAUGGACGGCUGUAUUGGUUUUCAUGCUGCAUUAAGGUGUGCAUACAGCCGCUUCAUAAAGGAUCUUUCAAAACAAUGCAAACAACUAAUUAGGCACCACCUUGAUUCAGUUACCAGUCCAUUUCUCCAACUAGAUGUUCUAUUAGUAUUUUUAGAUGUAUAGAUGUUAUAUAUGAAUUAGUUUGAAAGGAUUGAAAAUAGAAAUUGAAUUCUAUGAUACCCUUAGCUAGUUAUUGGUAAGCUGGUUCCUUGAAAUUAUUAGAAGCAGUUUAUAUUAUAUAUGAUGAAGAAAAGAAGGUUGCUGUCCACUUUAUAUAUGUUGCCUUAUCUACUUAUGUUGCUGUCCAACAUACAACAUGAAUUUUAUUUAUUUUAUUCUUUAGCGCUCAUUUACUCAUUUAUUUA